AACUGCAACCUUUUGGCUCUCGGUGUUGUCGCAUUACUCAACCAUAGGUGCCAUAUUAGCAUAAAUCGCAAUCAUGGCUGGUGGCAAACCCCGAGGUCUCAACGCUGCGCGCAAGCUGCGAACCAACCGAAAGGAUCAGAAAUGGGCUGAUCUCGCCUACAAGAAGCGUGCUCUGGGCACUGCUUUCAAGUCCUCACCGUUCGGAGGCUCUUCCCACGCCAAGGGAAUUGUUUUGGAGAAGGUUGGUGUUGAGGCCAAGCAGCCCAACUCCGCCAUUCGAAAGUGUGUCCGUGUUCAGUUGAUCAAGAACGGCAAGAAGGUCACUGCUUUCGUCCCCAACGACGGUUGCCUCAACUUUGUUGACGAGAACGACGAAGUCCUCCUCGCUGGAUUCGGUCGCAAGGGCAAGGCCAAGGGUGAUAUUCCCGGUGUCCGAUUCAAGGUCGUCAAGGUGUCUGGUGUUGGUCUGCUGGCUCUGUGGAAGGAGAAGAAGGAGAAGCCCCGAUCAUAAAAAAAGCAGUCUUUUGGGAGAAGAAGGUGUUAUCAUACGGAUCGCGAGGAGCGAAGGAAAUUGGCUCGGUUAUACUCGCACAACUAGUCAUGGCCCUAUAAUGGGAGGCUAAAAUUUUGAAAGGGAUUAUGCCAUCUCUUUAGAAAUAUUUUUCAGCAUGUUCAAAUACUAGAUGGCACCGGAUUGGGCAUCUUCUCACAUUCACAUUCGA